AUGAUCAGAUCUGUACGCAUCCCUCAACAUUUUAUCAAACACGCACCAACUGUGUCAUCCCUCUCAGUUCCAACUCAUCAUCUACAUUUUAGAUACAACUCACAAGCAACUACUGUUCCUGGCAGUAGUAAGGCCAAUGAUGCGAAAUUUCACAAACCCAAGCAAGCAAGUGAUGCUGAAGCUGGAUCACAAGAACCUUCUGAGGCUGCUGACGCUGCUGCUACGAUCUUGGCUGAAUUGAGAGAUAAGCAAAUUAACCCCAAAAAGGCUACUUGGCUUGAAGCAUUGAGGGAGAAGGAGAAAUUACAAGCAGAAGGUAAACGUAUUGACUCAUUUGUCUAUAAUAACCCCGUGACUGCAAAAGUCGGUGAAAAGACUAGAGCUGAUUCCUUUUCGUACUUGCUUUUACCAUUCAAAGAUGAUCAAUGGUUAUGUGAUGCCUACAUUAAUGCAUUUGGUAGGUUGCGUGCUGGUCAAUUGUUUCAAGAUUUAGAUGCAUUGGCUGGAAGAAUUGCUUAUAGGCAUUGUUCCCCUGCUGAACCAGUGAAUGUCACCGCUAGUGUUGAUCGUAUUUAUAUGGUUAAAAAAGUUGAUGAAAUUAGCAAGUUCAAUUUUGUAUUGGCUGGGUCCGUUACUUGGACAGGGAGAUCAAGUAUGGAAAUCACAGUCAAGGGUUAUGCAUUUGAAACUGAUAUUAAGGAGGAAGAUAUCAAGAUUGAUACCUUGCCUGAUUCCAAUGUGUUUUUAACCGCCAAUUUCACAUUUGUUGCGCGUAAUCCAAUCACGCAUAAAUCAUUCCCCAUUAAUCGAUUGUUACCCAUAACUGAACAAGAUUGGGUUGAUUAUAGACGAGCAGAAAGUCACAAUGCCAAAAAGAAGUUGGAAGCUAAAAAAAUGCACAUUAUUGAACCAACUGCCGAAGAAUCAAAAGUCAUUUAUAACAUGUGGAGAGCUACACAAUCGAGUGAAAAUGUCGAUAAAGUCAAUUCUGCCAAUGCAUUAUCAUUCAUGAAGGAUACAAGACAAACAUCAACUUUAUUUAUGCAACCACAAUACCGUAAUCGCCAUUCAUACAUGAUUUUUGGCGGUUACUUGUUGCGUCAGUCAUUUGAAUUGGCUUAUUGUACAGCAGCUAGUUUUUCAUUAGCAGGCCCCAGAUUUGUCAGUUUGGAUUCGACAAAUUUCAAGAGUCCCGUGCCAGUGGGGUCAGUUUUGACAAUGUACUCAUCAGUGUCAUAUACUGAACAUUUACACGAUUCAAAUGAAACUAAAGAGAUUGCGCAAGAAAAUGCACCAUUUACGUUCCAAUUACCACCAAUGAAUAAAAUUAGUUCUAAUCCUGAUGCAUUCUUAUCGGAACCAGGAACAAUUGUCCAAGUUCAAGUUGAUACAUUUAUUCAACAUUUGAAUUCGAAUAAAAAGAAGGAAGCAGGAACGUUUAUUUACUCAUUUUUCGUUCCAAGAGAAAGUCAAAAGAUUGGUGGUGAGUUGGAAUCUGAUGGUGGGUUCUGCUCAGUUGUACCACAGACUUACUCGGAAAUGAUGACCUAUAUUGCUGGUAGAAGGAGAGCUUAUGAUACUGCUCAGUAUGUAGAGACCUUGCCAAAGCACGAAACCUAA